GGCUUCCGCUGCUGACAGAUCCAUCCUUGGUUCUCUCAAGUCAGGCGUUCGCCGCACCAGGGUAUAUAUGGAGAGUACACCUCGUGGCCAUGUCCACAACACCCGCAAUCCGAGCACAGUUGUGACAUAGUCAGACACCUCACCUACAGCAUGGCAGCCCAACUAUCGAUCAAAUCGAGCACCCGUCUGUCGUCCGGAUAUGACCUGCCACUCCUCGGGCUCGGAGUUUACCAGAACGAUGACGCAAAGCCGGCCUCCCUGGCUGCGCUGAAGCAUGGCUACCUCCACAUCGACUCUGCGCGGUACUACGGAAAUGAGGCGCAGGUCGGCGAGGCCGUUCGUGAGAGCGGGAUCCCGCGCGAGCAGGUCUUCAUCACGACGAAGCUCACCAACGAAGACCACGGGUUUGAUUCCACCCUCGCGGCAGUGGACCAAUCCCUGAAGAGGUUCGAGUUUGAGUACCUCGACUUCAUUCUCAUCCACAGCGCCAUGUCGGACAAGGAACGCCGCCUUGCGACAUGGCGCGCCCUCAUCGAAGCUAAGAAGCAGGGCAAAGUCAAGGCCAUCGGCGUCUCCAACUACGGUGUGAAGCACCUUGAGGAAAUCCGCGAGGCCGGGCUGGAGACCCCUGCGAUCAACCAAAUCGAACUCCACCCCCUAUGCCAGCAGAAGGAGAUCGUCGACUAUAGCAAGAAGCACAACAUUCUCAUCGAGGCGUACACGCCGCUCAUACGCGGACAGUGGGACGUCCCUGCUAUCACAGCUGCGGCCAAGAAGUACAACAAGACGCCUGCUCAGAUCCUUAUUCGCUGGUCGCUGCAGCGCGGCUUUGCCCCGCUCCCGAAAUCUUCCAACCCGGAGCGCGUUGUCUCGAAUGCUGACGUGUUCGACUUUGAGAUCGAUGCGGAGGACAUGGCGAGCAUCGACGCGCUCGACCGCGGGAAAGCAGGGGCGAUCACCUGGAACCCGGUUGAUGUCGAUUAAGCUCGGCGGCCUUGCGACGACCAGUAUGCUCCCGAAACAUCCUAGCACGAACCGAAACGUCUGCAUCAACUUGUACAACAGUUUUUGUGAUUAUAUACUUACUCCGGUAACGUCGAGCGGCAGUGUUUGAGAUGCUGCCGCCGCUGCACCGUGUUUUCCCACAGCCCUUGAUCC